GAAAAUUUAAGCAUACCUUUAUUGCAAUUUAGUUUUAAGUAAGUCAGUAUUUUAGAACACUAACCUAUAAAAUAACCGGAAUUAGCAAAACAAUCAGAUACAUAUUUUUUAUUGGUUACAGCAACAGAGUUGUAUUUAAUACAUACAACUCAUAUAUGUAUGGAAUUUAUGGAACUUGAAGAAUUUGUUAAGUCUGAUUAUGCACUGUAAGCAAAGAAUGUGUUAUUUUGCUAAAAAUAGCAGACUGAUUUUGAAAUAACCAAAGAAAAGUGUUCCAGUGGAGUAGAGUAAGUUCUGUAAGAGGAGAUGUAUGUACUAUGGUGCUGUAAGCAGUCUUGACUGCAUCCUUUCCUUGAUGUUAUACAAACAGCAUCAUGACAUAAAUGAGAAGAACCUUAGAAAAAAUUUUAAGUUUUUUCAGUUUCUUUCAAUUUGCUGUUUUUUAGUGCAAACAUAAAUGUGUGAAGAUCAUAAGCUGUAAAAGUAAUGUUUGAUGUGUAAUAGGUUCAUGCAUAUUAAGCAUUAACUAUUAAUAAAACAUACCAUUUCAAAAUAUACAUUCAUUAUACUUGUCCAAAUAUGACCUCUUUUUGUUGUUGCGUGCACUUCAGAUUUCUUUUUAUAAAUGUUAACACUUGAAAAAAGAUAAGGUCAAACAUAACAAGGUGUCAGCCUAAUCAUCAGUCAUAACUUUAUGUCCACAUUUUCUGGUAGAUGGAUUUUGACUAUUAAUUUGGUUUUGUAUGUUUUCUCUAUGUGAUAUUUGUGCAUUAUUAGAUGACUAGACUGGCCAAGGCAGACCUGUUACACUUGCCUGAGUUAGGCAUUGUUUGCCAUGCCACUAAACCUGCCGUCAAGUGAAACCUUCAUUGGGGAAAUGAGAUCGAAGUCUGAACCGCAGAAGAUGGACGCCCUGUCUCUGUUUUUUAUUGUUUUACUUUAAUUUCAUUUCUUUUUCUUUAUUUUGUCCCUUUUUUUUUUGUUUUUGUUUUUGUUUUGUUAAAUCUCUUUCACUUUAACUUGUGAGCUGGUUUUCCAGUUUUUUGUAAAUGGUAUUCCAUUAAGGGUUCAUAACGUGUUGCAGAUUAUAUUGGGAGAUGAUUAGCAGAGCUCAACCUUAAGAUAAAUUAAAUUUUGAUGAAGUAAAUUAGGUACAGUGUUGUGAAGCUCAUUGUGAGUCUUGAUUGGUGUUUAUGAAUGAUCAGGUACAUUUUGUUCUUGAAAUGUUACAGCACUGAUAAUAAUCUUAGGUAAUCUUAGGAACACUACAACAUUUUUGUAGUUUUUUUCAAGUCUACAUCUCUCAUAAAAAUUAAAGAUUUUAAUUUUCAUCCUUCCCCCAGGAAUUUUAGGCAUACAAAAUCAUCAAGGAAAAUAAGGAAAUUUGUUACUACAAUCUGGGAGUUGAGAAGAGCCUUUCACUUUUCUGACUGUUAUUAAUUACAGAACUUAUUUCCUUGACUUAUGAAGACUUUGUUGCCUAUGUGGGGAAUGGAUAUCUGAGAAACUGUUGAUUAUUUAUUUGCGUGUGUGUUUUUGUUUGCUUGAAUUUUUUGUUGAAAAUUCUUCAAAGAUUACCAGCUUCUAAGUGGAUUUUGAGAUUAGGACUAACAGUUUAAUACCAUGAGAGAUGAUGUUUUCCUCUCAGUUGUCUUUGAGGAGUGCAGUUUGGGGAAAAUGCCAAAUGCUUAUUUGUUUUAUACUUUUAUAUACUCUGAUAGUAUUUGGAGGGUAAAUUUGAUAGAUCUUGGAAAUUAAGCAACAGAACUUGUACUUAAAGUACCUUUAAUGAUAAUUAGAAUAAGGCAAACAUUAUUGUGCUUACUGUUAGAGUUAUAGAUUUAUAGUAGUUGAUUACUAUUGUGAAAGUCAGUGACAGUAUGACAACUUACUGAUACUUUAUUUAAGGCAGAAGUGAAAGACUUCAUAAUACUAAGUAAUUAACUUUUGGCCUGUGUUGAAUACCCUUUUUGUUUGUAUAGUCUUUCUGCGCUGCCUUCAAUGGAUAGAUUUGCUUAUUGACAGUGAUGCAGCCAACACGAACGGUUGUCAUGUGUAACACAACUUUCGAUCACCGCGAAAACACCGUCCUGGGAAAGCGUCCAUGCUUGAUAUCGUUUGGUUCAUGAACAUUAAGUUUCCAGUACAGGUAAAAUCCCAGAGGAAUCCAAAGCCCUCUCUUUAUUGGCUCCUGCUCCAACCAUGACAAGUCUGAUGCCUGGUGCAGGAUUGCUUCCCAUACCAACCCCAAAUCCCUUGACUACACUUGGUGUUUCACUUAGCAGUUUGGGAGCUAUACCAGCAGCAGCACUAGACCCCAACAUUGCAACACUUGGGGAGAUACCACAGCCACCACUUAUGGGAAAUGUAGAUCCCUCCAAGAUUGAUGAAAUUAGGAGAACAGUCUAUGUUGGAAAUUUGAAUUCCCAGACAACGACAGCUGAUCAACUGCUUGAAUUUUUUAAACAAGUUGGGGAAGUGAAGUUUGUGCGGAUGGCAGGUGAUGAGACUCAGCCAACUCGGUUUGCUUUUGUGGAAUUUGCAGACCAAAAUUCUGUCCCAAGGGCCCUUGCUUUUAAUGGAGUUAUGUUUGGAGACAGGCCACUGAAAAUAAAUCACUCCAACAAUGCAAUAGUAAAACCCCCUGAGAUGACACCUCAGGCUGCAGCUAAGGAGUUAGAAGAAGUAAUGAAGCGAGUACGAGAGGCUCAGUCAUUUAUCUCAGCAGCUAUUGAACCAGAGUCUGGAAAGAACAAUGAAAGAAAAGGCGGUCGAUCUCGUUCCCACUCUCGCUCAAAAUCCAGGUCUAGCUCAAAAUCCCAUUCUAGACGGAAAAGAUCACAAUCAAAACACAGGAGUAGAUCCCAUAAUAGAUCACGUUCAAGACAGAAAGACAGACGUAGAUCUAAGAGCCCACAUAAAAAACGUUCUAAAUCAAGAGAGAGACGGAAGUCAAGGAGUCGGUCACGUUCACGGGACAAGAGAAAAGACACUCGAGAAAAGAUCAAGGAAAAGGAAAGAGUGAAAGAGAGAGAAAAGGAAAGGGAAAAAGAGAGAGAGAGGGAAAAGGAACGUGAAAAAGAAAAGGAACGGGGUAAAAACAAAGAUAAAGACCGGGACAAAGAACGGGAAAAGGACCGGGAAAAAGACAAGGAAAAGGACAGAGAGAGCGAGCGGGAAAAAGAGCAUGAAAAGGAGCGAGACAAAGAGAAAGAAAAGGAACAGGACAAAGAAAAGGAACGAGAAAAGGACAGAUCCAAAGAGACAGAUGAAAAAAGAAAGAAGGAUAAAAAAUCCAGAACACCACCCAGAAGUUAUAAUGCAUCAAGAAGAUCUCGUAGUUCCAGCAGGGAAAGGCGUAGGAGGAGGAGCAGGAGUUCUUCAAGAUCACCAAGAACAUCAAAAACCAUAAAAAGGAAAUCUUCUAGAUCUCCAUCCCCUAGGAGCAGAAAUAAGAAGGAUAAAAAGAGAGAAAAAGAAAGGGACCACAUCAGUGAAAGAAGAGAGAGAGAACGUUCCACCUCUACAAGAAAGAGUUCUAAUGACAGAGAUGGGAAGGAGAAGUUGGAGAAGAACAGUACUUCACUUAAAGAGAAGGAGCACAAUAAAGAACCAGAUUCAAGCAUCAGCAAAGAAGUAGAUGACAAGGAUGCACCAAGGACUGAGGAAAACAAAGUACAGCAAAAUGGGAAUUGUCAGCCAAAUGAAGAAAACCUCUCUACCAAAACAGAAGCAGUAUAGGACCAACAAGUGCACCUUUACACUCAGUGCUGGAAUAAAAUCCAAAGCUUUUCAUUUUCUCAACAAGAUGUAGACAUGGAAGAAUUCUAGUUGAGCAUAAAGAUAGGAUCUAACAGCUUUUCCAGUUGUUAGGUGACACUGUGGCCAUCUUGUUGCUGAGUAAGAAAAUAAAGCAUGGACAUCGUGAAAACAACAGAUGUUACCCAAACUCAUCUUCUAAAAUCUGUGCAUUUCCAUGGUGGCUGACGCACUCGUCAUGUGGUUUGUUAGUGUUUGCCAAGAACCAUUGCAAAUAAAUCGAACAUCAAAGAUCCAAAUUUGUACCAUCCUGAAAGACUGGAGAUAAGCAUUGGAGGCUCUUUUAAAAAAUGCAAGUUACUGAAUUUUGUAUUUUACUUUUUUUUAAAAAAUUCAGUAUAUACAGUUUGAUGAUGUGCUUGAAAUUGGUGCAAACAUAUACACAUCCUUGUAAGUGCAAAGUAUGUAAGAAGUUUUAACAUUUACUUCACAGGAUUUACAGUGAUUGUGUUAAAUUCUCACUAUUGUGUUUUCUUUUGCUCACUGUUUAGGACAACGGUUUUUCUUUAAAAUAGUUUUGCAGAUUAAAAUUGCUUAAAUAAGUGGAUUAAAAAUACAACUGACAAUGCAUGUUACUGUUAUCUUUCAAAAGGAAGAACAACUGUGUUGAAUACUAAUAUUAAUGUAUUAGUAUUCAGUGUUUAGAAUCAUUGGGUGUACCCACAAAGUGAGCAUUUCUUUUUGAACUUUCUUGACAUUUCCAAGCUUACUAUGAAUAAUAUUGCAGUGUGUCUUGUCAGCUGUAGGUGGCAAAGGUGCCCUUAUAAAAAGGAAACUGGGUUUUCAAAAUGGGCUAUGGGAGCACAAGCUGAAGCUUUAGUGCCUUCUACAAUGUGGUAUACUGUUUUCUAGAAUUUUAUAUGUGCUAGUCAUUCUCAAUCAUAUGGAAUCUAGAUGGAUAUUUCAUUCAUACCCAUAGAGAAGUGUGCAAGUGGUAUGUCAGAAGAGCUUCUUACUUGUUUCACCUAAUAUGAGAAGGAAGUCCUGUUUUCAAGAAUGGCUUUAUUUAGAGUCAUACAGUUUUGGGACCAUCAGUUUUAUACUGUGAUAAUUGAAAAUGAAACGUGUUCUUAUUUUUCUUAAAUCAAAGGAAACCCUUUAGUUGUCUACAUUGGAUGGCCUUAAUUAUUACCUCUCAAUCAUAUUCUCAUAAAUGAUGUGCAGAAAUUAUACUUUAAGGGAGGAGUAGGACUACACAGGAGGUUAUUUGUUUUAUGUUUAAGGAUACAUUUACUUGAGUUUAUCAUAUAGGUCAUCCAUCAUUCUAAGGUUCACUUUUUGCAUAAAGUAUGCUAAUAGUAAAAUGAUAACAUUGUUGUUUUUUCCCAAUCUAUAACUUGUCAUUUCUGAACUCUUCAUUGUGGUUAUAUUUCCCAAAAUGUAAUCUUUUAAUUAGCAUGUUACUAAAAAAAUCAAGUAUAAUUAUUUUAAUGCAAUCUAAUACAAUCAAAUUACUUGGUUGCCUUACCUCAUGGGAAGAGUUACUUUUAUAGAUUUAAAAAGCUGAGUAGCACGUUAGUUACUUGGUUUCAACUUGAGUUUUCUUUUAAUGUUAGUACUAUUGAAACUUAAGUAUUUGGUGGAGAAUGGAAAGAGUUGCUCUUAUUGCAAGUAAUGAAGCCUGGUUUGAUUAUGAAGCUGCUUAAUCACUCUUCAUGUGUUCAAAAUUACUGUUUUUGUUUUUUCCUUUUUGUCACUGUGUACAUUAAAAUUUUGGAAAAUGCUUUACUAUGUAAAGUAUAAGAUGGUCAUUUUAAUCAUUCAACCACAUACGGUUGGCUGGUAAACGGCUUAUUCUGAUAUAAGAAUGCUUGGGUGCAUAUGGAAAGAUUGUGAAAGAGUGUGUGUCUUGCAUCAACAGCUAUCUUAUUUAUGAUAUGUAAGUAGCAUAGAGCAAAUGUUUGAAAUCUUUGUUAUUUUUAGUACUGUUUCUUUAAUAAAGCUAAGUAUUUUAGAGGAAAA